AUGUCGCCGCAGUCAACACCAGUCACUCACUUAGACGUGGACAGAAGAGAGUCCACCAUCCCAGAGGGACCACAGGCUGAGCGUCAAAGUACUGAGCGGCGAAAGCAGCAAUGUCCUCAGGCUGGUCCCGCAGGACCUCUCGGGCCAGGCCCUCUAAUAUUGUCCCGAAUCCUCGAGGUACCCAUGUCCAGCGCCUAUUUUCUCACGGAGACCUCUGUAUUACCUCUGUUUGUCAGCUUUAGGGAUUUUUCUGCUGCUGACACAUCACAGAGUCGCUGCAGUUGCCCUGGCAACAUAUCUGCACCCAAUAGAUGUCCAGCAGGAACGUUCAAUCUCUACACAGGGAAAAGCAGCGUCAGUGACUGCAAGGGAGUUAUUGCCCAGACGGCGGCAUGUCCCAGCCGCUCCCCUGUCCUCCAGGAUGGUCAUCCACACCUGGACAGGCUGACUGCCGCAGAUGUAACGAAACGUCCUCUUUAUGUGGGGGAGCUGAGACCCCCCAGUGCGUAUCAUUACACAGGUCUGGUCAACCCAUCGCCUGUCGACCAGGAACGUCAAUAUUGUGUGGGAGGUGUGGCUCUUUUCUGUCCUGCAGGGACGUAUGGGUCCAACGAAGGACUGCAGAGGCUGAGAGACUGCGCCAUUUGUCCUGCGGGGUUUUACUGUCUGGAAGGUAGCUCACAGAGACCCACCUCCCAGUUCCUGUGCCCACAGGGCUAUUACUGUGAGGAGGGCACCGCCACCCCUCACGGGUCACCUUGCCCUGCUGGUACAGCGGGGAAAGAACUGGGUCAGACAAGUAGGGCAGCCUGCAAGAGAUGUAGAGAGGGACGCUUCUGUCCUGCAGGUGUGAAGGACUGCCUGAAAUGUCCAGUUGGUUUCUACUGUCCUGAGGGAACAAGCGACCCAAUGCCCUGUCCACCAGGCUCUUUUAACCCCUUAGAGGGCCAAGAUGAGUUGACUGAUUGCAGACAGUGCUAUGCAGGAAGGGCCUGCACACAAAUAGCUCUGAGAGCCCCUGAUGUGGACUGCAUGCAAGGACCAAAUGCACCAACAAAUGCCUGCCCACCGGGAACACUUGGCAAUCGCACUGACCUGACUGACCGCUCGCAGUGUCAGCAGUGUCCAGCCCGUUAUGCCUGUCUUCGGGGAACUGGUGGUAUCCAAAGACCCCCACUUUCAUGCUUUGCUGGACAUUAUUGUCCUCGUGGCACAAUGUUCCCGACACAGUACAAGUGUCCUGUGGGUACGUGGAGCAGUCAAAGUGGAUUGGAGGCUGAAAGUGAGUGCCAGCCGUGCCCUCGGGGAUGGUAUUGUUUAGCUGGCUCUGCAGCCCCAACAGGCCGGUGCAAUUCCGGAUACUAUUGUCCUGAAGCCACUGUCAACCCCAGAGUGUGUGGAGCUGGCAGCUACUCUGUAAUGCCCCAUCCAACUCAGUCCACUGACGAGGGCUCUGAGGAGUGCUCUCCUUGCCUGCAGGGCCACUACUGCAGUAAUGAGACAACUAGUGAGGAAGCCAUGCGAAGUCUCAUGGGUUUGGCCAGAGACCCCCAGCGCUCAGCCACGCUCUGUCCACGAGGUUUCUAUUGCCCAGGAGGAAGCAUUAAUCCUAACCCCGUUCCGUGUCCCAAUGGAACAUAUGGUGAAUCUCCUGGUCUGCGCGAUGUCUCAGAAUGUGUCCAGUGUCCAGAGGGGAAGUACUGUUACUCCCUGGACCCCCAGGAGCAGCCCAUUACCAGGCCUACAGAAGUGUGUCCAGAUGGGCACUAUUGCCCCCCAGGGACUGGGGACCCCUACACCUACCCCUGCCAGGCCGGCACAUACAGGAACAACACAUUUGGUCACAGUGGAGAGGCCUGUAUUUCAUGUCCAUCAAGGCAUUACUGCAACAGACUUGGAACCCCAGUGCCUUUACUCUGCCCUCCGGGGUCUUACUGUCCAGACGGCACUUCUACUCCCAGAGCUUGUCCUGAAGGGACCUACGGCUCACGCUCCGCUCUCAGUGAUGUGUCGGAGUGCACCCCUUGUGGGGGAGGCCAGUAUUGCACCGGUGUGGGACUUGUAGAGCCUUCUGGAAGCUGCAGGGAGCGUUUCUAUUGCACAGUGGGCGCCAAGUCUCCAAUUCUGGACCAACUGGAGGUCUGUGUCCACCAGGAAGUUACUGUCCCCUGGCUACCAGCUCCCCCUACCCCUGCCCCUCUGGCACCUUCAGCAACAGCACUGGUCUUAGCAGCCCUGAUGAGUGUAUUAGCUGUCCACCAGGAUUUUACUGUUCAGGUACCAACAGCACCUCACCUUCUGGACCUUGUUUUCCUGGUUUUUACUGUACGGGUGGCUCAGCAUCACCUCUUCAGCAUGAAACAGCGGAGGGUUUUUACACCUUGGAGGGAGCAGCCAGGCCAGAGCCAUGUCCUCUUGGCUUUUUUCAGCCGCGUCGCGGUGCAGCGUCAUGUGUUGAAUGUCAAGCAGGAAGACUGUGCAACCAAACAGGCCUGUCCCAGCCACUGCAAUGUCCUACAGGACACUACUGUCCUCCAGGCUCUUCAGUGGCUCAUCCCUGUCCCCCUGUCAGUUUCGUAUCCACUCAUAUGUCAUGGGGCUGAGGGGGUGGAACACUGUCGACCAUGUGAGGCAGGUUCAUUCUGCUAUAGAGCUGGUCUCUCUGAACCUGAAGGUCUCUGUGACCCGGGACACUACUGCACCUCUGGGGCCUCCACUGCCUCUCCGGUGGCUGUGGCAUCUGGGGGUGUGUGUCCCAGAGGUUACAUCUGUCCUAAAGGGACCAAACACCCACAGCAGCACCCCUGUCCUGUAGGAACCUGGAGCAGCUCUUUAGGAGCCCAAAAUGUGACUUCCUGUCUGCCAUGCCCUCCAGGACUCUACUGCAACAGCACUGGACUUAGCCAGCCUUCAGGGUUGUGUGAUAAUGGUUAUUACUGUUCAAAAGGAGCAGGGCUUUCAAAGCCCACUGAUGAUGUGACAGGAAACAUUUGUCCAGUUGGACACUACUGUCCUAAAGGCUCAGCUUUUCCUAUACUCUGCCCUGAUGGGACAUACACAAACACUACAGGGGCAGAAAUGUGUGAUCACUGUCCAUCGGGGACAUACUGCCUGUCUGGAGAGGGUGUCCAGCCCUGUCCAGCAGGUCACUACUGUCUUGGUGGUGGUGUUGAGGGCAUUUUGCCCUGUCCCCCCGGUACAUACAGCCCUCGGCUCGGCCUCAGUCAAGUGGAGCAGUGCCUCAUUUGUCCAGCAGGAUAUUAUUGUGAGGACUGGGGGCUGUUUGAACCCUCUGGGCCCUGUUUGGCUGGUUACUACUGCAUGGCAGGAGUAAACUUCGAGAACCCUGAUGGCAACUUCAGCACAGGAAUAGGAGGAGCGUGUCCACCGGGGAGGUACUGUCCUGAGGGCACCGGCCUCCCCUUGCCAUGCCCAGCUGGGACCUUCUCGGACAGUCUUUACCUUGCAGAUGCCUCUGGCUGUAGUCGAUGUCCAGCGGGUCAGUACUGUGGCACUGCAGGUCUUAUUCAGCCAUCUGGUCUGUGUCAGGCAGGAUCCUACUGUCCAGGCGGAGACACAACACGCACAGGCUCAGAAGGUGGGCUUUGCCCAUCAAGUUUUUACUGCCCUGAGGGGAGUGCUAUGCCGGUGCCCUGCCCAGCUGGAACAUACACCAACCUCGCCGGUCAGCCAGGGUGCUCUCGCUGCCCAGCAGGAUAUUACUGUCCAGAGAAGACUGGAAAUUUUUCCAUCUUCCCCUGUCCCCCUGGGUUCUACUGUCCCGACGGUACACUCACACAAAGCACACCAGUCCUGUCCAUCAUAUUCUUCUUUCUUCAUCACAUCAUAUUUCCCUGUCCUCGUGGAUACUACAACCCGGAACCCAUGACUCAGAGCCUGGAUAGCUGCCUGCCUUGUCCUCCGGGGCACUACUGUGAGAAAGAACGGCUGACCAAAGUGUCUGGAAAAUGCAAGGCUGGUUUAGCUUUGCCGGUGGGUCCCUGUUCUCCUGGAUAUUACUGCACUGGAGGAGCCACUGGGGCCAAACCAGUAGAUGGAGAAACAGGCAACAUCUGUCCCCCUGGGACAUACUGUGCUGAAGGGUCAGCUGAGCCAGAACUGUGUCCAGCAGGUACUUUCUCCCCAGUGUACGGUCUGACUAAUGAGACAGGCUGUCAGCCAUGUACAGCGGGUUCCUACUGCAGAGAAGCAGGCCUCAGGGCUCCGACCGGACCCUGCAGCCAAGAGGGCAGUUCGGCUCCAGAGCCGUGCCCAUCAGGAACAUCCCAGAACAGAGACAAACAGUCAUCCUGCACUGUUUGCGAAGCAGGGUAUUACUGUGAUGCGAGACUUCGUCCAGUCAACGCUUCCAUAAGAAGGCCAUGCCCUAAAGGACAUUAUUGUCCAGCGGGUACAGGAUUGCCCAACGAACACCCUUGUCCUAUUGGCUCCUUUAAUCCAGGAGAGGGCACAGACAGCCCAGAAGGCUGCAUUCCGUGUAAUGCUGGCCAUUAUUGCCCUUAUAUUGGAAUGUCAGAGCCAGCAGGCACCACAGCUCCUGAGGUCUGCCCUAAAGGAAGUUGGUCAAACAGCUCAGGAUUGCAAAGCCGAGAACACUGUACACCCUGUCCGGGGGGAUAUUACUGUGACUCUGUUGGCCUCACUAAACCUAAUGGAAUCUGCAAUAAAGGAUAUUACUGCUUAGAGGGAGCUGUCACAUCGACCCCUACUGAUGGAAUUACAGGGGGACCCUGUCCCGGGGGUCACUACUGCCCGGAGGGAACUGCUCAACCUUUGCCCUGUGAACCAGGGACUUAUACGACUGUUACACACGCUUCCCAGUGUGAGCUCUGUAUGCCAGGCUGGUACUGUGUGUCUGGAUCUCUGUACCUCUGCGCUGCAGGCUUUUACUGCCCCGGGGGAACUGGAUUUGACUUGAGAGGCUGUCCAGAAGGAACGUAUGGUCCUGGCCCUGGCUAUUGGUCUGUUUCCCAGUGCAGACCGUGUGAUGGAGGCCAUUAUUGCUCUUUCAGAAAUGGCACAUCUGUCACCGGACCAUGCCAAGAAGGAUAUUACUGUUCAUAUGGAAACAUCUCGCCACAGCCUUUUUUACAGGCUGCAGGAGAAGGAGGACCUUGUCCCGCUGGUCAUUACUGCCCUAUGGCCACUACCCAUCCUCUGCCGUGCCCACGUGGAACAUUCUCUAACCUCAGCAAAUUAGUGUCCCAGGAGGAUUGUCAGCCUUGUCUCCCAGGCUACUACUGUGAUGAUCUGGGCCUUUCAGCACCUUCGGGGAAAUGCAGGGAAGGUUUCUUUUGUCUAGGGGGAGCAGAUCGUUCUGACCCUCCUGUAAGAGACAAUCGUGGAGGACCAUGCCCCAAAGGUUAUUACUGUUCAGAGGGCUCUGUGGCUCCUCAGCACUGCCCCUUGGGAACCAUCAGCACAGAGGACGGCCAAGCCAGCUGCAGUGCCUGUCCCCAGGGAAACAAUGCCUCUCUGUCAGAAAGUUAUGAGUGUCCAGUGGGUCAUUACUGCCCGCCCAGGACUUGGUCCAAGCACCAGUAUCCAUGUCCAGCUGGAUCUUUCAACCCUCACACUCAAAAGACAAAAUCUCAGGAUUGCUUGCCAUGCCCUCCAGGCUUUUACUGUGAUUCUCCUGGGAAGAAUGUUGCAUCAGGCCUGUGUAGUGCAGGUUACUACUGCCUCUCUGGGGCCCAGUCGCCCACACCAGAGGACGGAAGACUGACGGGUGAUAGAUGUCCUGAAGGGCAUUACUGUCCUCAGGGCUCCUCAGCACCACAGCCCUGUCCCAUUGGAUAUCACACCAACAAAACCAGAAACAGUCAUCUCUCUGACUGUCUACCUUGUCCUCCAGGCUUCCUGUGUGUCAGCAGAGGGCUCUCUUUCCCUUCUCAUGUCUGUCCAGCCGGCUCUUACUGUCCGGGUCGAGACAACACCAGUGGGGAGGUGUCAAUAGCCUGCUCACCUGGAAAUGAGUGUCCACCUGGAUCCUAUAGACAGAUACCCUGCCUUCCGGGGACCUACCAGAGUUUACCAGGACAGGGACGCAGACUGGUUUUGCAUUCCCAUGCCCAGCUGGCUCUUUCAGCGGGCAGAUGGGGCUAUCCAAUAAGUCGGACUGUGAGCCCUGCACCCCGGGUUGGUAUUGCAGUUCUUCAGGGCUGGCUGCUCCCACUGGAGUCUGCUCUCCUGGUUACCUUUGUAUCCAGGGUUCUGUUUCUCCCCAACCAGAGGAGGGCCCAACAGGACGACGCUGCUCUACAGGGUCCUACUGCCCACAGGGUGCCAGAUACAUGGUUCCCUGCCCUCCGGGCACGGGCAGUUUCUAUAGAAGUAUGUCAGCCCUGUUUGCCUGGCUACUACUGUGCCAAUGGUGGCCUCUCCUCUCCAUCUGGGCCCUGCAGCCCUGGGUUCUACUGCAGAUCGGGAUCAAAAACCGCUACACCUUUGGGAAACGUCACAGGUAAUAGGACUCUUAUUCUUUUCAUGGACGAGACAUGGCAUCUUCAGCCCCAUUUGCUGGCGAUUCAACCCUGGGUCAUUUCCAUGGAGAUGUAUGUCCUGCAGGCCACUAUUGCCCUAAAGGGAGUGCGAAACCAAGUCCCUGUCCUCCAGGUCAACACUGUUUUGUCAAUCCAUACUGAUACAGGAUACCAGUGCCCACCCGGUCAUGCGUGUCCACCUGGUAGUGCUGAACCAGCCAUGUGUAGAGCAGGCACCUUCCAGUCUUUAUCUGGACAGGACACCUGUGAUAGCUGCCCGUCAGGUUUUUAUUGUGAGGAGGGUUCUUCGAUGCCAUCACCAUGUUCAGUGGGCCAUUUCAAUCAGUUAACUGGCAGGAUGUCUCUGGAUGACUGUUUCCCCUGCCCCUCUGGUUUCUUUUGUAACAACACUGCACUGACAGAUCCAUCUGGACCUUGCAGCCCAGGACAUUUUUGUUCCCUUGGGUCCACUGAGCCUUCGCCUGUCUCACAGUCGUAUGGUGAUAUUUGUCCAAUGGGUCACUUCUGCCCUGAGGGUAGCGGGUCCCCCAGACCCUGCCCUGUUGGCAGUUACCUCCCAGAACCCGGAGCUUUCUCCCUCUCCAAUUGCCAGCCUUGUCCUCCGGGGAAAUACUGCCACAAGCCCGGAGCUUCACAGCCCUCAGGUUUCUUCUGUUCUGGAGGAUCCCAUAGUCCCACACCUCAAGCCAACUCCACUUUGUUCAGCUGUCUUCUUGAAAUACCAGAUCUUUCUACCAUGAUGUCAGACCCCAUCUUCUGCUUUAGUUACUGUGGAAUAUCUGAAAGUGAUGCUAGCGGGAUCAAAGUAGCACCAGUGCCACAGGCAGACUCAGAUCAUAACGUUUUUAUUGUCCUUUGGGAUCUGCUUAUCCCCAACCAUGUGAAGCUGGCUUUUACUGUAACAAGACUGGUCUUGAUGCCCCAUCAGGGCCCUGUGCAGCAGGGUAUCACUGUCCUCGGGGUUCUUCAGACCCUCAUUCUACCCCUUGCCCCACUGGACACUACUGCCCUCCAGGGACUCUACUCCCUGUGCCCUGCCCUCUCGGAACCAUACAAAGUUCCCUUGGUGGAGUCAGAGCUGAGGCUUGUCAGCCUUGUCCUCCAGGUCACCAUUGCAACCAGAGAGGGCUAUUUAAGCCAAGUGGUCUCUGUGCAGAAGGCUACUACUGUCCUGUGGGACAGAUUUCCGAAACACCAGAACAACAUAUAUGCUCUGUGGGACAUUUCUGUGAGAAGACAGACACCCUGCCCUCCUGGCAGCUACCAGUUCAGACAAGGCCAAGGGAUUUGUGAGCAAUGUCCUGCUGGUUUUUAUUGUCAAGAUCAAGGAAUGAGCCUUCCAAUUCCCUGUGAAAGGGGAUUUUAUUGCCCCAGUGGGUCAGCCUUUCAACGUCCAUGUCCAUCAGGAACCUAUGGAAACAUGUCAAAACUGACUGAGGAGCUGCAGUGUACACCUUGUGACCCCGGGAUGUACUGUAAAGGAACAGGGAGCACUCUCCCCAGUGGGCUAUGCUCUGCUGGUUUUGUUUGUCUCGGAGGAGCUUAUGAACCUUCACCAUCAGACUCUCUGACAGGGUACAUUUGCCCCCCAGGGUUCUUCUGUCCAGAGGGGGGUUUUGUUCCAAAACCAUGCCCAAAAGGAACUUUCAGUGAGCAAAGUGGUCUUGUAGAAGAUUCUCAGUGUCAGAGCUGCAAAUCUGGUUUUUACUGUUCAGAAUCUGGCCUCUCUACUGUCUCUGGACCCUGCCUCCCAGGGUUCUACUGUCUAGGGGGUUCUCAGUCUGCGACUCCAGCCGCAGGAGCAUCAGGGGGGAUUUGUCCAGCUGGACACUACUGUACAAAAGGCAGCAGUGUACCCACACCGUGCCCUGCUGGCUUUUACCAGAAUGAGGAGGGAGGAAAAGGCAAAGAUGACUGUAAACCCUGCUUUCUCGGCUGGUUCCAGAAUUUACCUGGCCAGAAAGAAUGUGACCCUUGUCCUGCGGGGUACCACUGUCAGUCUCUGAGCACCAGUCCAACCCGGGGGAAUCCCACUGGAGCGUCCAGCCCUGUUCCCUGCCCUGCUGGGUUUGUUUGUCCCAAGAAUGAUUCAACCAGCCAGCUAAUCCCAUGCCCCAAAGGCACUUACAACCCAAGCCAAGGUCUCACCCACACAGCGGGUCAUUUCUGUGGUACUGAAGGUCUGGUUGAGCCCACAGGAUUGUGUGCUGCCGGAUUUCUUUGUAUGAUUGGUGCAAAAGUUCCAAAUCCAACUGACAACAAGACUGGAUCCCUCUGUCCUCGUGGGAUGUUCUGCCAACAAGGUCUUCAAACAGGUGAUUGCCAGGCGGGAUUUUAUUGUGGCUGGGGAUCCAGAAGAGCAAAUCAGACUCUGUGCCCCGCUGGUUUCUUUUGUCCCAGUGGAACUCCAGAUCCCAUACCUUGUCCUGCAGGAACAUUUAGCCCAGAAACUGGCAAUAUUCAUCAAGACAACUGCAUCCCCUGUACUCCUGGAUAUUAUUGCCGAGAUGAAGGUACUUUCAGGCCUUCUGUGUGUCCUGUUGGACACUUUUGUCCAGCUGGUCAAAUUCUAGGCUUUAAGUUCCCUUGCCCACCUGCAACAGUACAGAGCCAGCUCGGAGCCUCCAGUGCUGAUGCGUGCCAUCCCUGUCCUGUUGGAAUGUUCUGCUCUCGAUCCGGUUUGUCACAGCCAUCAGGUCAUUGCCAGGCAGGAUAUUUCUGUCCAGCAGGAUCAACCAGCCCAAACUCUACUGAGAUUCAGGGGAAUUUGGCCAGAACUCAUCUUUGUCCAUCUGGUUAUUACUGCCCGUCUGGCACCGGCUAUCCUCUGCCUUGCCCUGUGGGUUCUCUUUCCAUGUUUCAAGGACUGAGGAGUAUUGAAGAAUGCGCACCCUGCCCUCCUGGGCUGUUUUGUAACAGUACUGCAAUGGCCAAAAUAUCUGAUGCACUCCCAUGUCAGGCUGGGUAUGUGUGCUUGGGUGGCAGCUCCAGUCCCACUCCAUUUGAUGGUUCCCAUGGUUACCCGUGCCCUGCUGGCUACAGCUGUCCUGUCGGCUCAGCGAGUGAGGUGCCCUGUGAACCUGGCACUUACAGUUCUGGCCCUGGAGCGUCCCGUUGUGUUAUCUGCCUGAAAGGAACCAUGUGUCCCUCCACAGCAACAAAGGAGCCCGUUACCUGCCCAGCUGGACAUUUCUGCCCUGCUGGGACAGCCCUGCCUCAGCCCUGCCCUUUGGGAACGUUCAGUAAUCAGACAGGUGCCCACUCUCUUUCCGACUGCACGUCAUGUCCUCCUGGAUUGUACUGUAGCUCAUAUGGAGCCUCGACACCAGAAGGUCCAUGUCUGCAGGGCUAUUUCUGCCAAGGUGGAUCUAAACAGCCGACGCCUGAGAGGUCUGAUGGUUUUCCUAAAAAUGGCCCUUGUCCUGUUGGCCACUUUUGUCCAAGAGGGUGCCUCUCCCCAAUUUUAUGCCCAAUUGGCAGCAUUCGCAACACUACUGGGGGUGUGUCCAUAGAAAGCUGCUUUGCCUGUCCUGCUGGACACUACUGCUCCUCUGAGGGUCUGUCCAGCCCCAGCGGCCCGUGUGCUGCAGGUUUUUACUGCCCUUAUGACUUCUCCUCCACCACUCCAUAUGCCUUCCUUUGUCCCAAGGGUCACUUUUGUCCAGAAGGAUCUUCUCUUGCUUUGCCUUGUCCCACGGGAGAGUACCAGCCUAACCCAGGUUCAGAGAGUUGUAUCCCCUGCCGUCCUGGAUUUUACUGUGAGGAGGCCAUAGUUGGAGAUCCCUGGCCCUGCCCGCCAUACUCAUUCUGCCCUGCAGGCACAAUGGUGCCUCAGCCCUGCCCUAAAGGGACGUACAGUACUCCAAACCGGAGGGGGCUACAGAACGAGAGAGAGUGUUUGCCAUGCCCUCCGGGGAAGUUCUGCAGGGCUGGGAAGAUCCAGGGUGCUUGUGCAGCAGGUUAUCUCUGUGUUUCUGGGAGUGCUGAUUUCACCCCGCAGGGGCCGGUUUCUCAGUUGGACUCUUGCCAGUGGGGUGCACAGUGUGCGGCACCAUGUCCACCAGGCACAGAACUGGCUCAGCUUUGUCCUGCAAAUACAAUCAGAAGCUCCCCGGGGGCUUUGAGCCAGAUGGAUUGCUUACCCUGUCCUCCACAAUACUGGUGUAAAGCUGGGGACCCAGUCCUUCACCUGUGUCCUGCCGGUCAUUACUGUGAUGGUCUGCCUGGUAGUGACUUCAAUGGAGGCACUGGACCCAGGCCUUGUCCUUUGUACAAAUAUCGAGCUUCCCCUGGAGCACGCAGCAAGGGUGACUGCCUGCCCUGUCCCCCUGGUUCACUCUGCAACAGCACAGGACUUACAGACUACUUCAGCAGCCCAUGUCCACCUGGCUUCUGGUGCAGUGGGUCUGGACCUCCCAUCCUCUGUCCAGCAGGCACCAUGAGGCAGCUCCCCGGUGCUUCUGCACCCAACCAGUGUGAGCCUUGUGCAGGGGGAACCUUCUGCCCAGACCCUCACACAACUGGAAAGCCCAAUGUAGAGGGCAUUCCCUGUAGGGCCUCAUACCAAUGUCCCGUCGGUGCAGUUUCAGAAAAGCUGUGCAGAGCAGGCUCAUACUGUGGUCCUCAAACUGCUGAACCUAAAAUAUGCCCAGAGGGUUAUUUUUGCCCUGAGGGAUCCUCUACCUACAGCAACCCCAAACAGCUAUGCCCAUAUCCUUACUACUGUUCAGCCAACAGCUCCAUCCUAAAAUCCUGUGAUGGGGGUUCAAGGCCUGUCAACACCAGUGGGCUCAGAGGGUCCAAACACAGCUGCUGCAGUUUGUGUGAAGGAGGCACUUAUCGUCAGUACCUUUCCCCGAUUUUCCAAUGCCUUCCAUGUCCACCAGGAUACUACUGCCCCCCAGGUACAGACGACUACAAGUCAAACGUCUGUCCUGUUGGACAUGUUUGCCCAAAGGGGUCCGCUCAGGCAUUAUCCUGCCCCCCAGGCACCUUUGGUAACCAUCCUCAUGCUGGGACGAUGGAUGACUGUCACCCAUGUCCAGCGAACACUUUUAACCACCUGCCUGCCCAAAAGGCGUGCUUUCCCUGUGGCAGCUCCUCCACCUCACCAGCAGGUUCAUCGUCCUGUGUUUGCAUUGGCAAGAACCGAGCUUUUCAGCAUUCUGAUGGAUCAUGUUUGUGUAGAACUGGCUUUAUCUUCUACAAUGAGUUGGAUUUCAAAAGUUCAACAGCUGACAGUGAAUUUGACUGUCAGCCUGAAGUGAACAAACGAUGUACUCCAGGACAAGUACGGCUAGCAGCAUCAAGAGAGUGUGUGUCACCAUCCCUUCACUCCUGUAAUAUUACCUGUGGACCGCAUGGAGGAACUCUGGAUGUGGAGAUGGGCAUCUGCCAGUGUGAGCGAUAUGUGUCUGCGGAGGAGCUUUGCAAUACUUCCUGUCUAUCCAGACUGCCUCAGCUCUCUGCUCAGCUUUCACCAGAUGGAAACCUGCUGCUCAGCCUCAAAAAUCCAGACAGCAUGUCAUGGGCUAGGACAGUAACAAAUGUCCUCAGUCCGGAUAUCCAUGCAAAGAUCUCUGGAAAAAUACAUUUGGUCCAGUUUGAUUCUGGAGGGGUGUUUGGUUGGAUUCCCACACAAAAGGACCUCAUUAAUCAGUUUCUGUCAGAACCAACAGAAAUCUUAAACACAAGAAGGAAGAGAGGAACAAAAGGUGAUGGUGCGGUCACUGUCCUUCCCAGAAUUCCAAAUCCCAUUGCCUGUCUUUCCUCUGGUGACAUGGUAGUUUUUCAUCUAACCAUCAAUCACACGGAUCGACGUCUCAGCCACUUUCCGGUGUAUCAGAAAGAUCACCUGUUUAAUAGUAACCCCAGCUGGGACUUUGGUGCCUUCAGGCGUCUACAGAUACUCAUGAGCCAGACAAACUUCAACUCCACGAGGUUUGCCCACAUUUUCUCAGAGACAGGUAAAUAUGUGUUUGUGGACAAUGCUGUCCCUGAGUGGAGUUUGGUGUUAGUGGUCAGUGGUGAGGGGACAGAGUGUGACCCCAGAGCUGCUGUGUUUCAACCCAUGACCCCAGCCCAUUUGGUCAAAUUUGGGAUUGUCAAACAACACCGACUCAACCUCCUACCUGACUGGGGAGUGAUUACUGGGAUCCUGGCUCUGCUGUUGGUUGCUGUUAUAGUUCUGACCACCACUGUACUAGUUUUACGACCUGGCAAAGCAAAGCUUGUCACACAGUGGAAGUUAAAGCCAAAGUGGCGCAGCCUUGGGGAGCCCUUCUGUCCGGUCGAGUGUGUUUGCAACGGGGAAAGUAAAAUGGUCGAAAGCCGAGGUGGUGACCUUGGCAACAGAGGUGUAGGAGAGGGAGCGGAAGCUGAGGAACCCCUAAUUUUACGGGGAGGAAGUGUGUCGGGGUGCUGUGAUUUGGAAGAGUUCAAUGUGAGGACACUAUUUGACAAACUGGAAGACCAGAAUCUCCAUAUUGCCACUCAACUUGCCCGGCACCGCAAAGACAUGCAAGAAUUUUAUAGGAAUAUCUGCCAUCAGGCAGAAUCCUUAAAAAAUGUCUUUGAGAGUAUGGAUACUGAAAAGCUUAGUCUUUUUAAGGAGAUUAUGGUUCAUAAUGCAGCAAAGGAUAAGCUAUCUCACACCAGUGUGGGGGAGGGAGAUGUACAAGCGCCAGCUUUUAUGUCGUUACUGGGAGCUGUUCUUCGAUCAGUGGAAGCUUUGCUGUGCAGGCUGACAGGCGACACAUGGCAGAACCAGGAUUUACCUGGUGCCCCGUACUGUCAAGUUGGUCCUCAUGAUGCCAGAGACUGUGAGACUCAGGCUGGAUGUAUGCACCCCAGUCACACCAACAUGUGUUUUACACAGGUACAUUCCGAUAUUGAAUAUGCACAAAGCGCAGUUCCGUCUCUCAGUGAUCACGACCUGUCCAAACUGGUCACCAUGUCUCCCUUAUUCAAGACCCUGCAGGAGAUUCAGCGGUCUUUACGAAACAACACCACAAAUGAGUCACAUCAGCAUCAACACAAUGCUUCUACGGAGCACUCUUUUAAGGGGAACCACGAUGGACAACUCAUCCCGACUGCACUGGACAACCUCUCACCGCAGCACUCGGCUGUUUUCCUGUUUGGCUGUCAGGUCAUGCGGCUGCUUGGAAACUGUCCCGAGUUCCCCUCCGUGCUCCUGCUGCUGGCCAAGUCGAUCCCCAUUCCCCCACCUCCUUCUAAUGAGGGUCCGCUGCCACAUUGCUCAGGGGACUUUUAUUUUGAUGCGACCAAUCAAAUCCUUUAUUUGUCCGAGGCAAAGCUGCAGCACGUGGGAAACUUCAUCGCCGUCAUCCUGCAGUCCAUGGCCCACGUAGCAGCAGGCCCCGAGCCACAGAAGGUCAUGCAGGCGUUGCAUGAGGCCGUUUCAGCUCUGAGUCUUCAGCUGUUCAAUCUCUCUUUCAAACGGAGCACUGGAGAGUCAAAUUUCAGUCCAUUAGAUGGGCUGCACGGCACAUUAGUUGAUGAAUUUCUCAAUAUUAGAGUUCCUUCUGAAGCUCACUUCACCGAGCAGUUAUUGGCUAGCAGACUGAAGAACUAUAAAUAUUUCAAGUUGGCGCAACUCAUCUCUGACCUCAAACAAAGUUCUGCAGACACUGAAAUUGGUUUACCAUUAAAAGGAACACCAGUGCAGAUGUCGUGUGUAGAGGAAGAAAUUGAUCGCAUUAGCGAGUCAUUCUUACAGCUGACCAUGCAAAUCCAAAGGAGAGCUCAAAUGAGCACAUGGCGAAAUGAAGGAGAGAACAGUGUUGAAAACCAGAGGCCGAUAACAUCAUCAACAAGCAUGCCAAGCCUGAGUCGUAAUGGAACAAUCCUGCUGGAACUGAAGAGACGCCAUGUAUCACAGCGCCUCAAUGAGCUCCAAGUCACAUUAGGCCAAAUGAGACAGUGCCAGCAGCAUGACAGCGCAUCCACAGCCGCGACAAAAGGCGGUACACAAAGUGACAGCCGCACUGCUCGGCAGGAGGAAAAGGACCAAUAUCUUAGUGGCAAUGGCUGCAGUCCUGCUGACGGCCAUCGGACGUACAGUGUUUCAGCAAGCCCCAAUAACAGCCACCACAGCAUAGAGAGCAGAGGUCUU